GCCAGGUCGAUACGCCCGGUACAAGCUUGGGUGCUUGAUCAUCUCAUCUGUUGGCAGCUGCAGUGCUGCCAGCAGAUCAACGCUAUGAAAUGGAGGAAACACAACGCGUUGUCUGAGACAUGAGGGCAUAGGGAAAGCGCGCAGCACAGGGAAAAGAGCUUCUUUCGAGGGGUUGCAAUCCGCGAAUUUGACUACAGAAGUGGGACGGGCACUCACGACAAGUUUACGUUGGUAGGCAAUUGAAGUGGUCGAAAGAUGGCACACGAUUUGGUGCCCAAGAUGUCGCCCUAUCUGGACCGGCAUCUGGUGUUCCCGCUGCUGGAGUUUCUUCAAGAGAAGCAGGUAUACCCGGAGGAGGACAUUCUGAAGGCCAAAAUCGACCUCUUGGGCAAGACAAACAUGGUUGACUAUGGCAUGGACAUCCACAAAGCGCUCUACAGGACAGAGGACGUCCCGGAAGAGAUGCUCGAGCGGCGUGCGGACGUUGUCGAGCGCAUGCGCGACCUGGACGAGAAGGCGGCCCCCAUCAUCCAGUUCUUGCAGGACCCCGCACACGUCGACCAGCUGCACCCCUCCGACAAGGCCUACAAUGUGCAGCUGCUGCGGGAGCGCUUCAACAUUGGACAGGACCAGAUCGAGGCUCUCUACUGGUACGCCAAGUUCCAGUUUGAGUGCGGCAACUACUCGGGCGCGGCCGAGUUUCUGUACAGCUACCGCCAGCUGUCGAGCGACGCGGACAAAAGCAUGAGCGCGCUGUGGGGCAAGCUGGCGGCGGCCAUCCUGAUGCAGAAGUGGGAGGACGCGCUGGAGGAUCUCAACCGGCUCAAGGAGAUUAUCGACUCCAAGGCCUUUACCAGCCCCCUGAGCCAGCUGCAGCAGCGGACGUGGCUGCUGCACUGGAGCCUCUUCGUCUUCUUCAACCACGAAAACGGGAACAACCUCCUCAUCGACAUGUUCUUCCAAGAAAAGUACUUGAACGCGAUCCAGCAGAAUGCGCACCACUUGCUGCGGUACCUGGCGACGGCGGUGAUUUUGAACAAGCGGCGGCGGCAGCUGGUGAUGCGCGAGCUGAUGAAGGUCAUCCAGCAGGAGAGCUACACGUACGCGGACCCCAUCACGCAGUUCCUCGAGUGCCUCUACAUCGAGUACGACUUCGAGGGGGCGCAGCAGAAGCUGAAAGAGUGCGAGGAGGUGUUGGCGAACGACUACUUCAUUGGGUCCGUCCGAGGGGAGCUGAUGGACAACGCGCGCAACUACAUCUUCGAGACCUACUGCAAAAUUCACCAGUGCCUUGACACCAAGAUUCUAUCCGAGAAGCUGAGCCUCAGCCCGGAGGACGCGGAGCGGUGGAUCGUGAACCUGAUCCGGCAAUCGCGGCUGGAGGCCAAGAUCGACUCCAAGGCCGGAACCGUCAUCAUGACCAACCCGCAUCCCAGCGUGUAUGAGCAGAUCAUAGAAAAGACCAAGUCGCUCACGGCUAGAAGUUUCCAGCUUGCCACCAAUGUCACGGCAGCGGCUGCCGCCCAAAAGGCUGGCAUCUGAGAAGUCGGAAGCUGCCAUUCGAUUUUGUCGGGGGGAUUGAAGAAGUGAUCGAUUGUCUUUUGAAGAUGUGUUAUUUGUCAUUUGAUGUCUUCAUGAUUUCCAUGCCUGUGCCGAGGUGACACUUUCUCAGACUGCGGUGGCAUCGCCGUUCGACAUUCUUAUCAAUCAUUCUGGUGAAUUAAUCCCGUGGGUCGUAUGCCUGACAUAAAUCUCGCUUUGGUAUGCUAGCUUGAUAAGACAAUAGUUGGUGCCCAUUUAAUAAAAGCAGUGCCCAAUGC